AAAAUGCUCAGUUUCACUGAUGUGACAGAGUUCAUUCUUUUGGGACUAACCAGUCGUCGGGAAUGGCAAGUUCUCCUCUUCGUCAUUUUCCUGGUGGUCUACAUAAUCACCCUGGAGGGUAACAUUGGCAUGAUCCUCUUAAUUAAGGUCAGCCCACAGCUCAGCAGCCCCAUGUACUUUUUCCUGAGUCAUCUGUCAUUCGUCGAUGUGUGGUUUUCUUCCAAUGUCACCCCUAAAAUGCUGGAAAACCUGUUAUCAGAGCAAAAAACCAUUUCUUAUGCAGGUUGUUUGGUACAGUGUUUCUUCUUUAUUGCUCUUGUCCAUGUAGAAAUUUUUAUUCUUGCUGCUAUGGCCUUUGAUAGAUACAUGGCGAUAGGGAACCCUUUGCUCUACUGCAGCAAAAUGUCAAGGGUUGUCUGUAUCCGACUGAUUGCUUUCCCUUAUGUGUAUGGUUUUCUGACUAGUUUGGCAGCAACAUUAUGGACUUAUGGCUUAUACUUCUGUGGGAAGAUUGAGAUCAACCACUUCUACUGUGCAGACCCACCUCUCAUUAAAAUGGCCUGUGCUGGGACCUUUGUAAAAGAAUAUACAAUGAUCAUACUCGCAGGCAUUAACUUCACCUGUUCUCUGACUGUAGUCAUCAUAUCAUAUCUGUUCAUUCUCAUUGCCAUUCUCCAGAUGCGCUCAGCAGAAGGGAGGUGCAAGGCCUUUUCCACCUGUGGGUCCCAUUUGACGGCUGUUAUCAUAUUUUACGGAACCCUUAUUUUCAUGUAUCUCAGACGUCCCACAGAGGAGUCCGUGGAUCAGGGGAAGAUGGUAGCUGUGUUUUACACCACAGUGAUCCCCAUGCUGAACCCCAUGAUCUACAGUCUGAGGAACAAGGAUGUGAAAGAGGCCAUGAACAAAGUGAUCGGCAGAACAUGUUUAACAAAAUAA